AUGACAGUCAGAGGUGACGUGGAACCUACGACUCUGGUUCAAAAACUUACAAGAUGGGGCAAAAAAGCAGAGCUAGUCUCAGUCAAUUACCAGCUUGAUGAUGAUGAUCUGCUAAGUGAUUCAGAAGAAGACUUCAACGACGAUGACGAAGACGAACAAGUAGAAUGGGUACCUGAUCCUAAACCCAUGGAACGUGUAACCUUGAAGAAGAAGAAGAAGGGCAUACUAAGUAAGUCUUCUCUUUUAGGUUGUUUCAGCCGUAAACCACCAGAGGUUGUGUUGCCUUUUCCAACGCAAAACCGAAACCAGCAGCGUAUGUUUCCACCUAUGCAACCACAACAACGACCACCACCAUUUGGGACGAUGUAUCCACAACAAAGACCACAAUACGGGAUGAUGAAUCAUCAACCAAUGAUGCAACAACAACCUCAUCCGAGGAUGCGGCAACAGCAACCACAAGGUCCGAUGAUGAAUAUGAUGAUGCAGCAACAACCACAAGGUCCAAUGCCAAUGGGAUACAAUGGGAAUAUGUUCCAGCCAACUCGGCCUUAUUUCCUUAAAGAUCUCAAAGCCAACCCUAGUCUGCAUUACCAGAAGAGCUAG